ACAGGUGAGACAGGUGGACCCGUCAGCUACAACGCCUGGACUCUACAUCAGCAGCAGCCUACACACACACCUCUGCAUACUGACUGCAACAUCGGGCGAAGCACAAUGAGUGCAGAUGGAAGAAAAGAACCGCCUCCUUAUGUCAUACCAGUUGAAGGUCAGGGGGAUGGAGUGAAGGUUUACCACCUCCACAGCCCAUUCACACCUCCCACCACACAGGAAAGCUCAACUGCCACGCCAGUGUACACCAGCGGAGGAGGCACCUUCGGUGCAGGUUUCGAUUCUGAAGAUGGCAAAAGGAAGUUUGUGAGCUACGACACAGCGUUGGGGAGUAACCCCGGCAUGACGACCUGUGCUUCCUGCCAGCAGCAGGUCAUGACCAACGUCACCUACAAAGCAGGGACGUAUGCCUGGCUGAUGUGCUUACUCUUCAUCUGCUGCGGGUUAGUGCUGUGCUGCUGCCUGAUUCCUUUCUUCAUGAAAAAGUUCAAGGAUGCGUACCACACCUGCCCCCGCUGCAACAGAGUCCUGCACGUCGAGAAGAAAAAAUGCUGCAAAUGACGAACAUGAGGGCAGAAAUGGACCCAUAGAAAUCUGAAAUGACAUUCUGUCACCGUUGUCUGUGUUUGGGAUGUAGCUUAUUUCUAUGGAUGAGCCAUUGCAUUAGCUUAGGCUGAGGCAAGCAUCAUAUUAUAGCAAACAGACUGGGAGUGAUUGUGUCGCCGGAGCUUUUAAACCUCUGGCAAGUUAAAUCAAGCACAGCCCAUGCACUUUUUGGGAGCCGUUUUAUUUUUGUCCCGUUCCAGCAGAAUAAAAAACACUUUCUCACACUUUCUCUGCCGUACUCACAAACUUCUGCAUAUAUUAUGUUGUUAAAAUGAAGGCUUGUACAUAAACUUUGUCAGAUACUUUAUGUCUCAAGGGAUUGUUCAUUUGAAAUUGAAACGGACGAGCUGUCCAUUGGAAGGGGUGGUCACAGCUUCUGAGUAAAGAGCAGCACUGUAAAACAAGCCAGCACAAGAGUGAAUUACACCAGAGCAGGGAGAGAAAAGCUGAAUAUUUGCUCAUCAGUUACUGCACGAUGAACUGGUGUUGGCACACUCCAGAACGAAAUUAGACCAAUGUGGCUUUUUUUAUAUGUUGUCAGCCCUGAAAUUACUGAGCAUGCUUGGACUCUGUUAUGUCCUGUUAUUAACUAUUUUAUAACAUUAUUUCUCUAAUAAAAGCAGACCAUAUAGACGAUA